AGCUAAGAUUUGAAUAAGCGGCCUGACCCGGCUGCUGGGCGUCCUCCGAGGCCGCCCCCGGCUGACAGCUGUGGGCGGUAGAGACGCCUCCGGUGCCCGGCCGUCUCUCCCCUCGCCUCCUCCCGCGGUCAGCGCAGAAGCCUCGGGGGGCCGCUGCCUCCGGCGGUUGGAGGAUGGACAGGACUUAGCACUCAAGCCUGUGAGGCAGGAGAUUCGAAGACUCCAAAGAAGGCCCGGCUCCUCGGAUGUGCCGCCUUACAGAGAGAUGAAGGGGCAGCAGAAAACAGCUGAAGCGGAAGAGGGGACGGUGCAGAUUCAGGAGGGUGCAGUGGCAACUGGGGAGGACCCCACCAGCGUGGCUAUUGCCAGCAUCCAGUCAGCUGCCACCUUCCCUGACCCCAACGUCAAGUACGUCUUCCGAACUGAGAAUGGGGGCCAGGUGAUGUACAGGGUGAUCCAGGUGUCUGAGGGGCAGCUGGAUGGCCAGACUGAAGGGACUGGCGCCAUCAGUGGCUAUCCUGCCACUCAGUCCAUGACCCAGGCGGUGAUCCAGGGUGCAUUCACCAGUGACGAUGCUGUUGACACAGAGGGGACAGCCGCCGAGACUCACUAUACUUAUUUCCCCAGCACUGCAGUGGGGGAUGGGGGAGGGGGUACCACAUCGGGGAGUACAGCAGCUGUUGUUACUACCCAAGGCUCGGAGGCCCUGCUGGGGCAGGCAACCCCUCCCGGCACCGGCCAAUUCUUUGUGAUGAUGUCACCCCAAGAAGUGUUGCAGGGAGGAAGCCAGCGCUCCAUUGCCCCCAGGACUCACCCUUAUUCCCCGAAGUCAGAAGCUCCCAGGACAACUCGGGAUGAGAAACGCAGGGCUCAGCACAAUGAAGUUGAACGCCGCCGCCGAGACAAGAUUAACAACUGGAUAGUGCAGCUGUCCAAGAUCGUCCCGGACUGCUCCAUGGAGAGCACCAAGUCUGGCCAGAGUAAAGGUGGAAUUCUGUCCAAAGCCUGUGAUUACAUCCAGGAGCUUCGACAGAGUAACCACCGGUUGUCAGAAGAACUGCAGGGGCUUGACCAGCUGCAGCUGGACAACGACGUGCUCCGACAGCAGGUGGAAGAUCUGAAAAACAAGAACCUGCUGCUCCGAGCUCAGCUGCGGCACCACGGAGUCGAGGUCGUCAUCAAGAAUGACAGCAAUUAACUGUGGGGACUUGGGGGGUUUGGGUCCCGCCACCCCUUUCCGAGAACUGCACCUAGCCCAGGAGCAACAGGCUAAUAACCCCCUGCCCCUUUCCUUCACUGCCCGCUUCUGGAGGGGGCUCCGGGGGAGUUGAGACGGCAUGGCUUUGAACCCAGGCCCCAGACAGAGCUGCUUGCCGGUGUGAAACACACACUUGGGGGCGCACUGACAGCCUGGCCCCGCCCGCCACACAGCCCCCCACCCAACCCCCGGGGCCCUUGUGCUCCCGCAGAUGCAUGUGCUGUCCCCGCGCUGGAUACCGGACACACAGGACGUGGGGGCUCGCCCUGUGCCUGCUGACAGUGCCGGCAGAGGGUCUCUGACCACAAGCGAUGCUCUGGCUUGCCCCAGGACUGGGGCGCUUCCACUUCCCCCGGAGCUCAGCUGUGCACUUGAGGACUCUGGGGAUUAGGCUUUAGCCAGAAGUGGGGAACAGGCUGCUUAGCAGCGGCUGUUGCCCCAGGAAGAGACGAUCGGCGGGCAAGCGGCCGAGGCCUGUGCAGAAGUCUCCGGAGCCAGGGAGAACAACAGACCGGGGCCCGCGUGGGGCCUUCCCCUUGUGGGGAUGGAUUUUCAUUUUCUUUUUCUUUCCUUUCUUUUUUCUUCUUCUUCUUCUUUUUUUUUUUUUUUUUU